CCAAGCAGUAGCGUCAUGUUCCAGCUGAUUCCAAACACAGAAAAAUGCCUAAAAGAGGAUAUACUGGCCGAUCAGCUGCUAAUUGGUGAAUACGAAGUGUCUAAGGUGCGCGGACAAGUGGUUGACUAUAUUGCCCGUGACACAAAGGGCCACAUACUGGCACAGAAGAAACACAUAUUCAAAGGAAAGUUCAGCUUCAUGUCCGAACUCUACGAGACGUACGAGAUCUGUUUCAUCUCUAGGGUUCCGAAGGAAAUAAAUGCCACCUCACACGUCGUCUCGUUAACAACCAAGAAAGGAGUGGAGACCAAGAACUACAAAGGCAUUGGCGAAGCCUCUAAGCUCAAACCCCUUGAACUCGACCUCAAACGUUUGGAGGACCUAUCCGAGGCCGUUGUACAGGACUUUACUGCGAUGCGCAAGCGCGAGGAGGAAAUGCGCAUUACCCAUGAAAAAACCCAUUCACAUGUUCUUAUCUUUAAUGUUGCCAGUAUGUGCUGCUUACUGGGGCUGGCUGCUUGGCAAGUUUUGUACCUUCGCCGGUAUUUCAAAUCCAAAAAGCUUAUUUAAACUCAAAUAGAACAGACGGAUGCUGUUACGUAAAGCAUCAUCAUCAUUGU